GCACGGCCCCCCUCUCCAUGAUUUGCAUAGCUCUGCCGACUAUUUUGUCCACUGAAUGGAUCUAGUGAGGUGAUGUGCGUCGAUCCGAUGAGGCGGACAAGACAAAUAGUAUCAAGACGUUCGCGCUUAUAGUCUUCUCUUCAGGAGUGACUUCAAUUAGAGAGGGAUGAAACUACGUUAACGAAGCGCCCUCACUGCUCCUGUUCCCUUGCUACACGGUUGAGCGGAGGUUCUCUCUGAGUAAAGGUAUCAGAGAUUUUAUAAACGAACGUCUUUCUGCGGCGCAACUAUUGCUGCUUGGACCCCAAGAAUAUAAUAUUAUCUUGGCUGCAGAUAACAUCUACCUCGAAUCCCGGACGACUGUCGAAAGUACUGGAUAUCUUAGGUACGAUAUCUAUUAAAUCUAUAAUACUUCGUUACCCGACAUCUCGACCGUAGACGCUCGACCCGUAGACAGAUGUCGCGUAGGAGGCAAGGAAACAUGAUGGCGACGUUCCGAGUCCUGUCGUUCGCAGCCCUUUGGCAUGCAUCGGCUGCGUUACUUGUCGCAGAGGGAUCAACAUGCGAGACGCAAUGCGGUAAUGUACUUGGCUCAACAACAGACGAUAUGAUAGUCUGCGAAGAUUCGGCAUACAGCGUCACAUCAUCAGGCCAAGUCUACCAAACCUGUAUCGGCUGCGAGUCGACGAGUUCCUACACAACACCAAACGGGGCGCAAAAUAAAUCCGACUUACAGUAUAUGCUCUAUAAUAUGCGAUAUGCUGUCAACCUAUGUUUAUUCGAGUCUGGAACAAGCCCGUGCAUCACUUCCUUCGCCUGCGCCAACAUCGAAGAAGCGAUCAAGUACGGCAAUCUUACGUCUGAUAGCUCGAUAUAUGGCUACUGUGACAAGUGGACCGACUAUAAUCUUGAUAAAUGUCACUCUUGCUUAAACUCUUCACCUGACGACAACUAUCUUAGCAACUUUAUAUCGAUUCUGGAUGGCGCCUGCAGACUAAGACUUGAGCCGCCAGCUACCCUUCCCUUGCAGGGUAACAUAUUUUCUACGGACGUCGUGAAUGUAACGGAUCCUACGCCUACAGCCACGUUCUCUCCCCCAGGGAUAAGUGGCCCCUUGGACACCGGUGCUAUUGCUGGUAUUGUCGUUGGUGGCCUUGCCGUUAUUCUUACCAUUGUCGGAUGUGGGAUUAUUGUCAAUGGCAAGCGCCGGAGAAAGGCGUAUCUCCGCCGUCGGGAGCAAAGCACUAAGAACUGGCCCUCGUCCCAAGGAGGUGGUGAGGUGUUCGAGACACCUAUUAGUCAGAAGCCUCUCCGUGGCUGGCAAGACUCGCCCAUCAGCGCAUCAACCCAGACUGCCUUCACACCCUACUUCUCGCCUUACUCUUCUCAAUAUAAUAGCCCCGUCAGUGGGGUUGAAGGCCCUAACAUGGCAUGGCCAAUAGAGAAGUCCGAUAACAUCGGUAUUGCAAUAAGCCCGGACCGUGAGGCCUACUCGCCAUGGAGUGAUAAGAAAGGCAAGGAAAAGGUUGCAAGUGUGAGGGAUGAUAGUAACGAGCUGCAAGAGGGCGUGAACAGUGCUGGCGGUUACGAAAACAGGAUUCAACCCUCGCACGCCUAUAACCCGCCUUUGCUAAACCAUCCCGGCUACGGGAGGCGCAGUACAGGAUCUCAGGAAAGCCCGCGAGAGUAAGAAGGGGUAUGGUAUAGUUACCGCCUAUUAGGUGGUAUCACUAGAUAUGGUGCGGCUUGAAUCUUUUACUCUUAUAAUAUCAGCGAGGAGUUGUGGUGUACGAUGAGAUACCUAAAGGUCGUGUUUGAUGAAUCAUGCUAGAAUUUCCUUGAUCGUCCAGGAAGAUAUGCUAUAAUGUCGGGUUGAGGGGUGGCGGCCUUA